ACUUUUUCAAACUUUUGCCAAUUCGGGUCAUAUCGAACGUUUCUCGAAGCCGCCCGCUCCUCCCGCUAGCACUCUUCCUGUACCGCACAAAGUCCUUCGCAAUACGCACCCCCCAAAAAUUUCAUGAUGGCAAGCUCCAACUUUGCCCCCGCGAUGCAGACUGUUUUGGUGGACACGCCGCCACAGCAAGGCCAAAGCCGAUCUGUUCUGCUGCAACCGGCGAGUGCCGUGUCGGCCAGUGCGUCGCCCACACAACUGAAAAACAGGCGAUGCUUGCGAGUGGAUCCGAUAGCUGCUGCGCGCCGCGGCGAGGCGUCUGCAUCGAGCGCGACCGCUGGCACACCCACCGGCUCUCUUGCGCGCACACGGCGUCGCGUUGUCAUGGAGGACCCCGAUGAUCAUAGCAAUCCGGCGUCUCCCGUUAGUCCAGUUACUGCAAAUGGCACUUUCGCCGACUUGGGGCAACCAGAUUCCAGCGUGACUGCCCCUGAGCUGCAGCAACACCAACAGCAACAGCCCGAACACCUCGAGCACCUCGACCAACUAGACGCCCAACCAAGCCAAUUGCACGAGCAACCACCACCACCACCACAACAACAACAACCAUGCUCGCCGCAACAAGAACUUGCAAUGACGGUUUGCGAUGGCAGCUCGGCCACACGAGUUCGGGUUGGGUCUGUCGUUCUAGAGGAGGAAGUCCCCAACCAGGCGCGCGACUAUCCAUCCACGCGCUGUGUGGGCUACUGGGCAGCCGACCCCGACUACCAUGUUCUGAUCAGAAUUAUUCCCAAGGCAACGGCGCCCGUCGCAAAGCUCGCCAGCGAAGUUGCCGUGUCGCUGCAACUCGCGGACGUUCCUGGCGUGGUGCAUCUUGUUGACUGCUUUGAAGAUGCCGACAACCACUAUUUGGUGCAAGAACACUGCCCCGACCCCCGCGCAACAAGCUUGCUCGACUUUGUCAUGCAAAACGGCCGUCUGCACGAGUGGGUUGCGCUCGAGCUGUUUGAGCGCAUUCUCCAGACGGUUUCAGACGUGCACGAGCGUGGAGUCGCGCUGUGCAACCUCUCGCUCGACGCCUUUGUUUUGGUGCCAGAACAGUGGGAUCCCGAGCAGCCCUGGCUUUCAAGUGCCGACGCUCAACCGAUCUCCCAUCCCAAAAUGGGCCCCGACCAUCGACCAACCGUGGGCCUGCGUCCCAUCUUCCACGACCUUUGCGCGGCAAUGCUGGCUCAACCCGACACCCUCCUGUGCGAGCCGUUUGGUGCCGCCGCGUACAUGAGCCCGGACAUUUUCGCCUGCCGCCCAUACAGCCCGAUGGCAAGCGACGCAUGGGCUCUUGGCGUCAUCCUGUUUGCGCUGGUCACCGGAGGCUUCCCUUUCAAUUCCGCCGUCCCGCCCAUGCUCGUCAAUGACGCUCGCCGAGGCCAUUUUUCAACCAUCAACGGCUUGUCUGCUGGUGUCCAGCACCUCGUGCACGCUCUGCUCAACCCGGUUGCCGCUCGCCGUGCAACUGUUGCUGAAGCGCUUGCGAUGGUCCAAGAACUGCGGCAGACUUGCUUCAUCAUGCAGCAGUCUCACGGUGCUCUCUACCAACUCAACGGCGCCAGCAUGCCGGGCAGCAGUGUGCUUUCUUCCGCUUUUGUGCGUUCGGGCGUUACAACAGCCUGUUGGUAACAAGCGCUACCCUCUCCCACCCAUCCACUCUGUGCUAUCUUUGUGUAGUAGUCCUCCGAUUUCGAUUUCCUCCAUUGUUAUUUCUUCUUCUUCUCCUCCUCCUCCUCCUCCUCUCUCGUGCUUUCGCUUGUUAUUGCCUAUCCCCCCCCCCCUUCCUCGUUUUUCAGUUUGUUAGUGAAACUUUCGAUCGUGAAACCUUUUCGUUGUGAAUAAAAAUCCAAAAGG